UUCUUAGACUUCAUUUUCCUUCGAACCUUUGACUUUCCGGGAAAAAGUUUGUGAAGGUGUAAUUUUUCUUGUCGAAGGAGGAGAUGAUAUCGGUUUUUGUGGCUCAUAAUAAAGCAAUGGCGAGGCUCAUUGGGUUGCUGGUUUUCAUCGGAUUUGUUGGAGCUUUGGUGUACUUCAAUGUUUUCACACAUCAACUUGCCCAUGCUCAACUUCAAAUCAGAGCUCGACCUCGACGAAUUCUGAUGGAUACCGACGUCGAUAUGGAUGAUUUCUUCAGUCUCUUCUAUUUGUUGAAGGAAAAUACAUCUGAAUUCAACUUAGAGGCAAUUACACUAAGUGCAAACGGAUGGUGUGAUAGUGGACAUGGCAUAAAUCACAUAUAUGACCUUUUAUUUAUGAUGGGUCGUGAUGAUAUUCCGGUUGGAGUGGGGGGUGAAGGUGGUAUUUUACCAAAUGGUACCAUUCUCCCUGAUGUGGGUGGUUAUCUUCCAAUUAUUGAUCAGGGCACUUCCACUGCAGGUGGUUGCAGAUACAGACAAGCAAUACCAAUGGGUGCCAAAGGACUUUUGGAUAUCGACACUAUGUACGGUUUACGUAAAGGGUUUCUUCCACAGGGUAGCAGGGGAUACUCUCCUCUUGAGCAACCUACUGCACAACAAGUGAUGAUUAAUGCAGUAUCUGCUGGUCCUAUAACCGUGUUUCUUUUGGGUACACACACAAAUUUUGCCAUUUUUCUUAUGACAAAUCCUCAACUGAAGAAAAAUAUUGAGCAUAUUUAUGUCAUGGGUGGUAGUAUUUGGCCACACUGUCCAAAGAAGAACAACUCCAGGCCAGAAGAGUGUGGUAAUAUUGGCAAUUUGUUUCCAGGCGAUGACAAUCCAUAUGCAGAAUUCAAUUUCUUUGAAGAUCCUUUUGCUGCAUAUGAGGUAUUGCAUUCUGGUAUUCCAGUUACACUGAUUCCACUGGAUGCAACAAACACCAUCCCUAUUACUGAGAAUUUCUUUAAGGCAUUUGAGCAAAAACAGAAUACUUACGAGGCACAAUACAGCUUCAAAGCCAUGAAGAUGGCUCACGAUACCUGGUUCAACAACCACUUCCAUGAGAAUGUUUUCAUGUGGGACUAUUUUAUGGUUGGUGUUGCUUUAUCGAUCAUGCGUAAUUCAGCAAAUGAUAAUGGAGAAAAUGAAUUUGCUGUUAUGGAGUAUACGAACAUCACAGUGGUUACUUCAAAUGAACCUUAUGGAAUAUCAGAUGGCUCAAAUCCAUUCAAUGAUGGCUCUACAACCUCAAAGUUCAAGAAUGGUGUGCAUAGUGGUCAUGUUCAGACCGGAAAUCGAGAUCCAUUUUGCCUUGAGAAGAAUCAGAAAGGGAGAUGUAAGGAUGGUUAUACAAUGGAGGUAACUGGUCCAGACUCAGUGCGUGUCCUUGUAGCUACAGAAGCUAAAAGAAAUCAAGAUGCUAACAGUUUGCUUGACAGAGAAUUUUAUAAAAGCUUCUUGGAUGUUAUAAGCCGUCCUCAGCAAAGCGGGCGGUUUAACAUAUCAACACAGUUUCCUUACUAUGGGGAAAUAGUUUACAAGCCAGAUUUUGGAACAAGAAAAAAGGGGAAACCAUUUGUUUUUGACAUGGAUAUGAGCACAGGAGAUUUGAUAGCUCUUCUAUAUCUCCUGAAAUUACCAGUGGAACAAAUUGACCUCAAGGGAAUAUUGGUAAGUCCAAAUGGCUGGGCAAGUGCUGCAACAAUUGAUAUUGUAUAUGAUGUACUACAUAUGAUGGGUCGGGAUGACAUACCAGUUGGUCUUGGAGAUGUAUUUGCAAUUGGCCAGAAGGAGCAAACCUUCCCUCUUUUUGGAGACUGCAAGUAUAGGAAGGCUAUCCCACUUGGUGGUGGUGGUUUGCUGGACUCUGACACACUUUAUGGGUUCGCUCGUGACUUGCCUCGUAGUCCUAGAAGAUACACAGCAGAAAACUCUGUAAAAUUUGGAGCUCCUCGAGAUACGGAUCACCCUGAAGUUAGGCAACCAUUAGCAUUAGAAGUUUGGAAAUCAAUUGUAGAUUCAACAGAUCCAGGAUCUAAGAUUACUUAUUUGACCAAUGGACCCCUGACUAAUCUAGCCCAAGUAAUCUCUUCAGAGAGAGCGAGUUCAGUGAUUCAGGAUCUAUGUAUAGUUGGGGGGCACAUUGACAACAAGACAGGAAAUCUCUUCACUGUUCCCUCAAAUGAAUUUGCAGAAUUCAACAUGUUUCUUGACCCUUUAGCAGUAAAGGUGGUGAUGGACUCAAAGCUCAAUGUCACACUCAUUCCACUGGGUGUGCAAAGGAGUGUUAGUUCAUUCAAUCAUGUUCUUCAAAGAUUGGAGCACAAGAAUCAGACCCCUGAAGCUGCAUUUACCCAAAAUCUACUUUCAAGGCUAUCACAAUUACAACAAAAGAGUGACAGAUAUCAUCACAUGGAUACAUUCUUGGGUGAAAUCCUUGGUGCAGUGGUCUUGGCUGGUGAUGAUCCUCUUUUGAACCAAGCAUUCCAACACAUGCCUCUCAAGAUCUUGGCUAAUGGUGAUGUGAAGAACGAUGGACAGAUUGUCAUUGAUGAAAAACAAGGAAGAUUAGUGAAAGUACUUAGAAGUGUGAAUACUACGGAAUAUUAUGACCAUUUUGCAGAUGUGUUGAAUAACCAAAGUCAGUCUGCUAGGAUUGGAAACUUCGCUGAGCAGAAAAGAAUAUGGACCACACCACCAAAUAGGUUUCUGUAAUAGGUGCUUCCCUUACUGGGCUAAUGCUUCUGAUCUUUCACUCGAGUGGAUUCUCGUCUCUGGAUGUGGGGGAACUACUGAGCAGCAUAGAUUUUGCUUUAGUGUUUGCAUUAUUUUUUGGCGGCUCUUUUGGUUGGAUACCAUUUUUGAUCUCAGGCUCAGGUGUUUAUAUUUUUAUGAAUAACACAUGCUUAACAUACAUCUGUUGCAUAAUAAUGUGCGUGGACUCACGUCUACUACAGAUAUAGCAUGAGCAUCCUUCUAGUAUUAUCUAAAUUUAAUAAAAUUGGGACUGUUGGAUUCAGAAUGA